GGAGCCAAACGGAAGGAUUGACGUGCGUGGCUCCGCCCCGCUGGUUGCCAGGGGCCCGCGGGAAGGGAAUUUCAGCCGCCAGCCCAGGGUUCCAGAGGCGAGCGUCCCCGCAACCCUUACGUAGGAAGCGGAAGAGCGCGUCCUCCAGGAAGAGGCGGAGUCGGGCGGAGGGAGUGAAACGCUUAAUUCAGAAAUGGGUUUUGGAGUUUCUGGGUGCUGAAUACAAACAGGGCCUCUGAUUGCGGACCUGGGGAGUCGACACUGGAGCCCCACCAGACCCAGACCUACCACGGAAUAAAUCCAGUCCAGAGUGCGGCGACUCACUGGCUUCAUGGGGUCGCAGCAGCCGCCGGGGUCUCCACUGUCUCGCGAGGAGGGCGAGGCGCCCCCGCCCGCGCCGGCCCCCGAGGGUAGGCGGAGAAGCCGCCGAGUACGUCUUCGCGGAUCCUGCCGUCACCGACCCAGCUUCUUGGGCCGCCGGGAGCUCGCCUCGAGCGCCACAGCCGGGCCUGCGCCCGCGUCCGCAGAAAUAAUGGCAUCAGCUGCUAAGGACUUUAAAAUGGACAACUUUUCACCUAAAGCUGGCACUAGCAAAUUUCAGCAGACAGUACCAGCUGAUGCAUCUCCUGAUUCUAAGUGCCCUAUAUGCUUGGAUAGAUUUGAUAAUGUAUCUUAUUUGGAUCGUUGCUUACAUAAGUUCUGUUUUCGCUGUGUACAGGAGUGGUCAAAAAACAAAGCUGAAUGUCCACUAUGUAAGCAGCCCUUUGACUCUAUUUUCCAUUCUGUGAGGGCAGAAGAUGACUUUAAGGAAUAUGUCCUGAGGCCUUCAUAUAAUGGUUCUUUUGCCACCCCAGAUAUUAGAAGAUUACGUUACCAUACAACUAUGACAAGGGAACGAAAUGCUCUUUACUCACCUAGUAGUACUUUAAAUAGAAGAACAACAGCUCCACCAGAUAAUGGAGUGCUCUUUGAAGGGUUAGACAUUUCAGCAAGAUCUAGAGAUAUUGAAAUUCCUCAGUUUAUGAGACAGGUUGCAGUAAGUAGGCCAACCACUGCAGAUGAAAGAUCUUUGAGAAAAAUUCAAGAACAAGAUAUUAUUAAUUUUAGACGGACUCUCUAUCGUGCUGGUGCUAGAGUUAGAAAUAUUGAAGAUGGUGGCCGUUACAGGGAUAUUUCAGCUGAAUUUUUCCGCAGAAAUCCAGCUUGCCUUCACCGGUUAGUUCCUUGGUUAAAACGUGAACUUACAGUGCUUUUUGGAGCUCAUGGAUCUUUAGUCAAUAUCGUCCAGCACAUCAUUAUGAGUAAUGUUACUCGCUACGACUUGGAGAGUCAGGCGUUUGUUUCUGAUUUAAGACCAUUUUUGCUUAAUCGAACUGAGCAUUUUAUACAUGAAUUUAUCAGUUUUGCUCGGUCUCCUUUUAACAUGGCAGCAUUUGACCAGCAUGCUAAUUAUGAUUGCCCUGCUCCUUCAUAUGAAGAAGGCAGCCAUUCUGAUUCUUCAGUCAUAACAAUAUCUCCAGAUGAGACUGAAACCCAAGAGCUAGAUAUUAAUGUAGCCACUGUUAGUCAGGCCCCAUGGGAUGAUGAAACUCCAGGGCCAUCUUACUCAAGCUCAGAGCAGGUACAUGUUGCCAUGUCUUCUCUUUUAAAUACUUCCGAUAGUUCAGAUGAAGAACUUGUCACAGGAGGAGCCACAUCUCAGAUACAAGGAGUACAAACUAAUGAGGAACUACAUAAUGACAGUGAUUCAUCUUCAGAUAAUUGUGUCAUUGUUGGAUUUGUUAAACCACUAGCUGAGAGGACCCCAGAACUUGUUGAACUGUCUUCUGAUUCUGAGGAGUUAGGCUCUUAUGAGAAAAUAGAGACAGUGAAGACACAAGAACAAGAGCAGUCUUACAGUUCUGGUGAUAGUGAUGUUAGUAGAUGUUCAUCUCCACAUUCUGUCCUUGGAAAGGAUGAACAAGUGAAUAAAGAUCAUUGUGAUUCUGGUACAAGAAUCAAAUCAAAGAAGGAAGAGAAACGAUCUGCAUCAUUGUCGUCUCCAAGAGACCUGAGUUCAUCAGUGAGAGGAGACAGAGUAUAUUCCCCAUAUAACCAUAGACACAGAAAGAGGGGAAGAUCCAGAAGCUCAGAUUCACGUUCCCAGAGUAGAAGUGGACAUGAUCAGAGGAAUCAUAGGAAGCAUCAUGGGAAGAAAAGAAUGAAGAGCAAGCGAUCCAGAAGCAGGGAAAGUAGUAGCCGACCUAGAGGGAGAAGAGACAAGAAGCGAUCCAGAACUAGAGAUAGCAGCUGGUCAAGAAGAAGCCAAACUCUUUCUCUAAGUAGUGAAAGCACAAGCCGAUCAAGGUCUCGUAGCAGUGAUCAUGGCAAGAGAAGAUCACGGAGCAGAAAUAGAGAUCGUUACUAUUUGAGGAAUAAUUAUGGAAGCAGAUAUAAGUGGGAAUAUACUUACUACAGUAGAAACAAGGACAGGGAUGGCUACGAAUCAUCUUAUAGAAGGAGGACUCUGUCCAGAGCCCAUUAUUCUAGACAAUCUUCAAGUCCAGAAUUUAGAAUUCAGUCUUUUUCUGAAAGAACAAAUGCUAGGAAAAAAAAUAAUCACAGUGAAAGGAAAUACUAUUACUAUGAAAGGCACAGAUCAAGGAGCCUGUCUAGUAAUAGGUCAAGGACUGCAUCUACAGGACCUGACCGGAUGAGAAAUGAAAAGCCUGGAGGGAAACGAAAAUACAAAACACGGCACUUGGAAGGUACUAAUGAAGUGGCUCAACCAUCUCGUGAAUUUCCUCUUAAAGUAAAGGACAAUCAUUACCAAAAAUCUUCCUCAAAACUGGACGGAAACUACAAAAAUGAGAGUGACAGCUUUUCAGACAGCCGAUCAUCAGACAGAGAGACAAAACAUAAGAGGAGGAAAAGGAGGACUCGGAGCCUAAGUGUAGAGAUAGUUUAUGAAGGGAAAGCUACUGAUAUAACUAAGCAUCAUAAAAAGAAAAAGAAGAAACACAAGAAAAAGCAUAAGAAACACCAUGGAGAUAAUACUUCCCGUUCCCCAGUUGUCAUUACCAUUGACAGUGAUAGCGAUAAAGAUUCUGAAGUAAAGGCAGAUGUGGAAUGUGAUAAUAGUGGUCCGUCAGAUCCUCUACAAAGCGAGGUUUUGGCUCCUUCCUUGGAACCGUUUGAAACUAAAGAUGUAGUCACAAUAGAAGAUGAAUUUGGUGUCCUGGACAAGGAGUGUGAUAUUACCACACUCACUCAUAACUUGAAUAAUGCCAACAGAACUAUGGAUAGUACUCCACCUCAGGCAGCCUCAGUUGAACAGACUCUGGAUGUAAGAGAAGAGAGCACUUUUGCCUCUGAUUUGGAGAACCAGCUCAAUAAUGUAUCUAUUCACACUGAGCCAUCAAGGCAAUUGCCAUCUCCACGGACAUCAUUAAUGUCAGUGUCUCUUGGUAGAGACUGAUAUGUCUUAACUGCCAAAGCAUCUCAUUGAGAAUUUUGAUGGUACAGAAAAGAAGAAAGAGAACAGUGUCAUCUACAAGGUCUUUUUAAAGGUGGCUUUUGGUGAAAACUUUUUCCUCUUAAACUAUUUUAAGUGAUUUUUUUUUGUGUUAAUUUGUAAAAAUCAUUAUUUGUUCAUAAAGUAUGUAUGUCCAGCCCUCAAAGAUACGCACUUUUAAGUGAAGAAAAUGAUAUUGCUAGUGGUUUAUUUAAAGCUCGAGAUCCUUUUUAAAUAAAAAAAAAAUGUAAAUUUUAGAAGUUAUUUCAUAAAGCCAUAUGGUAUUAACAUAUUUUUAAGGUAGUCAAUGAGUAUUUUUGAAUUUUUUUUGAGAGUUGUUAUGGAAAUGUGUUAUAAGCUAGGAGAAUUCCCUUUGGACAGUCUUUAAUUUUUCUUCUUAAGAAUUUGUAUGCGUCAAAACCAUUUCUUCAGGCUAAAUUGGGGCAUUUUAGUCUGCACAGUUUAUCUUGAAUUUUGCCAAAAGAAAAGUUUAAUAAUUCCUUUAUAUACUUGUUUGUCUGGACUGCCAAUAAAACAAAUGUGUAUUCAGAAAAAGAAAAAUAAAAUAGUUAAAACUUUAAGAAUUCAGAAAAUUUCCUAUGCAAUACUGCUUUCUUUAAAAAAAAAAUAUUUUACUGGAGCCAAAAUUUAGAAAAUAAGCCAUCAACAUUUACCGAUGCCUCACAGUUUCAAUGAUUAUUUCAUUCUUUAGUCUGAUUUUGAGGAAUAUUUAUUUGCUUUCUGUCUUUAGCAAAAUAUGGUUUGGGAGCAUUUAAGUUACUUUAAAACAGGAAAAGACUUUGCCAAAA